UUAAGGCCACCUAAUAUAAAGUGGGACCCAAAAUUCUAAUCAAUUACAGGUUGCAAAACUAUUAUCAGUAUUGUAUAGUAUAAUAAUACUGGUAUUUUAUUCUGUAAUACACACAAGAGGCGUAGCUGUACAUCUUCAUAAAAUCCAGAUGGUCAAAAACACUUAUAAAAAUAAAAACUGAAACACAAGAGGCUGUCAAGGUGUCUAUCAUAGCCUAUAUAGCUAUUAUAAUGAAUAAAUAUUAUCUUUUUUUUUUUUUUUUUAAUGAGGCGUGUGAUUACUAUGAUUACAAUAAAGAGUUGUCACUUUAGCCUGUACACCCCUUCCCGCUCUCUCAUGUCCAUUUACAGGUGGUUGUGCUGGACAUGAACUAUAUGAAGUAUGAUAAUUCUUUAGUAACUAAUAAGUGUAAAUAAAUAUGUUAACACUUUAUUUAAGUUUUUUUUGUUUUUAACUAGUUGCUUAUUAGCAUGCAUAUUACUAGAAUAUUGGCUAUUGUGCUGCUGUUCUAACCCAAAUCUAAUAAAUGUUUUCAGGAUUUCUAAUGCUGCAUUCACGCCAUGUCAUGAUUACUGUAGUCUCAAGAUGACAACAUGUGAUGUUGUAUUCUGUGCUGUUCACGUCCUUGGACUGGGAAUUAUGUGUUUCUAUGGCACCACUGUCAACACCUAAAUGAAUCUGCAGUCAGGUGGUACAAGUUGGAGCUCUGAGACAAUUCCCAUCUUACAAGCUGUAAUUAAGAGCUCUAUGAUGACGUAAAUGCUUUUUACAUGUUAAAAUUUACAUGUAGCCUAAUUGUGGUAAUUACGACAUGGCAUGAGACUCAAGGCUACAGACAGGUGAUUUUUUUUUUCAUGGCUAGAGCUAAACUCUGCAGGACAGCGUGACUCGAUGUUGCCUCAUCCUGCUAUAAAUUGAAGUGACUUUGCCCUCAUCAUUUACAAACUAAUAGGACACACCUAGACACUGUUAGGGUUGGGCCAAGAAAUAAGGACAAAGUAUUUCUAAAAGAAAGGACAAACUAUGAACAUGAGACAAUCUAUCAAAAGAUCAAAGACGGCCAUAACCCAUGGUUGUCAAGCUCCAGAAAAAAUAAAAACUAUUUUAUUAAUAAACAUGAUCAAUAUGGCUGAUUAACUGUUCUUAGAAUAACAUUAGUGAUGUAUUUUUUUAAAUUAUUUUUACUUGAUUUAAAUUAAUGCAAAAUCAUUCUUAAAGCGAUGCUUGAGGCAAAAGUUCAAAACUAAACAUUCUCUGAGUAAAAAAAAAAAAAUCUCACAAUCAUUUCUGCUUUUCUUAUUUUUAGUUAUAUUUAGUUAAGCUCAAAAUACUCUGACACUGACAUUUGCAGUGUCUGUUGAAAUUUUAAUUAAAACUUUUUUUUUUAUAUAAAUAUUUCUCAUUUCUUUUUUACAAUGUUGGAUAAACAUUAACUGCAUCAAAUCAUUAAAGCCCUAUCUAAAGGCCAAAAAUCUUAAAUAGUCUUUAAAUAAAUAUUAAUAGUUAAAAAUUAUCACAGCUUUGCGAAUUUGGACUUAAUUUCCAUGUGAUUUAAUAAUACAGGGUGGUGGCAAACAGAAAUGCAAUUUGUCGUGAUUGUCAUGCAUGCAACCUCGUCUAAGAGCAAACACAGAGACAUAAAAGGUACAUGCAAAGGAGAAAUGUAAACAAUUAUGCAAACUCUUGUGUUCCCUUAUUAACAUUUACAUAUAUGAGACAAUUAAAAAAGUACUGCUGCUGAUGUUCAUCAGACAGAGCCGAGAGGUUUAGCAAUCAAGUUUUAUUUGAACAUUUAUCAUUUCUACACACUAAAGGAAAACCAAACAUAACUGCCAGUGACUCUUGCAUCAAAACCUCAUCCAGAUAUGGUGACUAUAUAUUGACCUAAUGAUAAAAACUCUUAAUUUUUGUGCUAAAGAAUAUUGUGGAAUAAAAUGAAACACAUGCAAAUAAAUACAUACUACAUACAUAAUAAAUACAUAAUACUGAUUUUACAAUUUUUCUGUGCAAUAUAAAAUCAAAUAAAAAGUAAAAAGGAGAAAAUGUCUCUUUCCAUUUGCUUAACACAUGAAUAAGUCCACACCUGUAACGUGUGACUGUUGCAUACAGAGAACAUGAAAACAGAGACAGGGAAGGAACAGUCAGGAGCGAAACAGUCCAUGAGGGAGUGGAGGGAGGGAGGAGCCAUGGUGGAGAAAACAUUAUGAACAAAACAUAAUCCUGACAACACACAAAGGUGAAUCAGAUAACCUUAUUCUGAAAUCUUACUCUGCUUGACUUCACAGCUGAAUCGACAACACUCUACUGUCCCACACAUUAUCCUAAGAUAAAAGACUGACCAUGUAUGCAGUUGUCACCCUGCAAGACUCAGAUGAGGUGAUGGUGGCACCAUCACAUUGGUUGAGCACAGACAAGAAACAAAGUUACUGGCCCCCAUUCAAAUCACCAGAGAAGUGCAUGGAUGCUGUUCAGAACAGAGUUAAACCUGAAACAGGAGGGAAAACAUGGGAGAAAUUGAAUAUUAGCUUUCACAAGGAAUCUGUCUCUUUUGAUAAGGCAAAAGAGGGGCAAAAAGAAAUUAUAGAACAGAAAGAACGAUCUUUUCUAUUAGCCACUGGAUUCCCUGGAAUACUACAAAGACAAAGAGCUCUUCCAACACCUUCUACAUUCAGAAUGCCAGCUGAUGACAAGGAUGAGCUCCUCCAAAUGCUGAGAGACAUCAAGAGCACAGUUCAGGAAAACUCUGCCAUGUUAAAGAAACUACUGAAAGACAAUACGGUUUCUGAAUCCCCCAGCAGUACCAGCUUGCCCAAUAAAGAUGUUAAAACAAGCAUAAAUCUGCCUCUUAGAACCUCUGAAGAUGUGGUCAGGACUGAAAUGGAGCUCAGUAAUGCAGCAACACGCCAAAAAUAUUUGAAAUAUUUGUCAAGGCUUGGAGGUUUUGGGGCCAAGGAUGUCAUUCAGAAUAUUAUGCAACGCGUCCUAACAGAUGAUCUGGCUAUGGAGUUCAACUGGCAGGGGAGAGGAGAGAAAAAGGCCUUCUCUAGGCUUAUUUUAACAGACGUAAUACGAGAUGCUGCAUCAAAACAAAGUGUAAUGAGGGCAGACUGUGAAGCUGAAAUAAAAGCUUAUCUGUGGCACAGAAUUUAUCGAAUUGGUCGGAAGAGACCAAGAGUUUUUGAAGGUGUGACUUGAGAAGAGACUUCUCUCUCAAUGAUGGACAGAGCCUUCCAAUCAGAGAUUGAUUGAUGACUCAGUUUUGGAACAUUUACUCAUAGAUCAUGUUAGCUGCUUACAGAUUAAACAUACAGUUUGUAUAGAACUAUAUGUGUACUAAACUAGCAUGACAUUGUGUGCUCCAAAUAUUGGCUCUUGUAAUGAAAUGCUUACAUGUUUAUAAUUUUUUAGCUAACUCUAAUUUCUCUUUAGCUAAUUGGAGGAAAUUAUUAAAUACUGUGUUUGACUGUGAUAUCACUGCAUGGACAGGUUUUCAUGUGUAUGAUAGUAGUUGUUUUAGCAUGUAUGUUCAUCAAUAACAAAUAACUCAAAUGUAUGCAAUUUGUUGUAAAUAGUUUAAUCUACAUGGGCUAUUUCUGUCUUUUAAUGUUUCACCAAUAAGAUAAUGAUUUUGAUCAGAAUAAACCAUAAUUACACAUAUUUACAUUGCAUAUUGCCC